AUGACAGAAACUUCUACUUCAGGUAAUUUGUUUUUACAAAAGACCCAUUCUCUAAAUGACAAUAAAGAAUAUGUCUCUCCUUUCAGAAAUCAAUCAACAGUUCCAGGGAAGGCUCAGUUACAAUUGAUUAAAAGUACUAAAUUUCCGAAUAUUAGUGCAACGUCAAAUUAUAAUUUAAAGUCUUUGAUACCACUAAAUGAUAACUUGAAGAAUAAACCAAGGGUAAAAGAUCUUUCUUUCCCACAACUAUUGAUCGACAACGAAAAGAGACAGUUGCUACAAUUAGACGAUUUGAAAGAAAAGGAGGAAAAAUUAAAGAUUUUAAAAAGUUCACAGAUUCUCGUUGAUAUUGAGGAUAAGAAGGUCGAGAAUAAGGAGGAAAAGAAGGAAAGGGAAAAUAUACAAGUUGAUACUCGCAAAGAUAAGACUAAUCGUAUUGCUGUUGAUUAUGAUUUUGUUCCUCCAAAAUCAUUAGAAGAAGAAGAAAAGGAAAAGAAUGAGAAAGAAACAGAUCCAAUUACUGAUGAUUACAUAAUGGAUGCUGAGGAACUCCCUAAACGUUCUAUUGCUAACAGUGAUGAUUUUACAGAUAAUGUCAAUCUUUACACUAUUGACACAGAGUUGGAGUUGGAAUUGAAGGAAAAUAUUGAAAUAAGUGAAUUGAAGGAUGCAAAUGAUAUGAUUUUAGAAAAUAAAUGUAAGUUUAACAAACCAUUAGAUCCAGCAUUAGCUCCAAAAGUAUAUUUAUCCACGGAAAAUGGGUCUACUAAUAAAAAUACAGAGAAUACUAUUGUUAAUGGUGUUGGUAAUAAUCAAUUGGUAAUCAAGAAUCCAAAGGCUACACCAGAGAAUCCAGAAUUAAUAGUUAAGGUGCCAAAAUAUGGGGUCGUAUCAAAAGCUGUUUAUGAUUGGAUUCAAUAUAAAAAUUUGGUAAAUUUAAAUAAGAUUAACGAUCUAAAUGAUAACUAUAAAAUUCGUUCAGACUUGAAAAGGAAAUUGUGUCAAGAGAAAAUUUCCAAGAUUAAUAAAGAUAAGACUAAUUUGUUGGAAAAGAUUAAUGAUGUUAAAUUGAGACAUUUGAAUGAUUUGGAGACAAUCGAAAAUGAUAAAAUCUUUAAAUUGUUUCAAAUCAAUGCCAAAAAUAUUGAAAGUAAAUAUAAGAUUAUCCAUUCAACAGAGACUUUGAAAUUAUGGAAGUUAAGUCAAUUAAAAUUCCAAAGACAGAAACAGGUUUUGUUACAACAACAAUUGAACGAAUUAAUAUUAGAAUCUAAUAAUUUAUCAAAUGAAUAUGAGAGGUGGAAUCAUGAUUUAAUAGAAAAAAUGGAACAACUUGAUGGUCAGUUAUUCAAAAUAAAUCAAUAUAAAUAUAAGAAAGAUCAGUUAAUUUCUAAGAUCGGUGAUUUAAAGAAUGAACAAGAAAAGCUACAAUCCGAGAUCGAUCAAAAUUUAGAAAAGGACCAAAUGAAUAAGACUAAUGUUAAGAAUAUUACACUAGGUACACAUGAAUAUAAUAAUAAAUUAAACGAAUUGACCAAGACAAUAAGUGAAAAGCAAAACUUGUUGUCUGUAGUCAAACAAGAGAUAGCCAAUGAGAAUUUGAAUUUGUUGAAAAUUGUUAAUGAUAUUGAAAUCGAAAAACAAAGAAGAGAGGAUGAGUGGAAUACGAAGUUACAAUCCACCACGACUAUGUUUGAAACAAAAUUAAAGAAUAAACAAGAUGAAUUGGAUCAGAUGUUAAAUGACUUAAAGAAUAAACAUGAUGAAGAAUUGAAGAAAUUAGAAAGUGUAUAUCAACAAGAAUUAGAUGCAACAAAGUUGGAAUUAGAAGAAAAGACUAAGAACCAUGAAUUGAACGAACAACAAAUUAAAAGUUUGAGUGUUCAAAAAUUGGAUUUAGAGAAAAACAUUAAGGAACUGCAAGAAAUUAAUACAGAAAAGAUAUCAAAAUUAACGUUAACAAAUAAUGAAAUUACAAAAAAACUGGAUGAACAAACAAAAUUAGCAGAAGCAUUAGAGAAGGAUCGUGAAAAAAUUAAAAUUAAAAUGGAUUAUGCAAAUCAAUUAUUACAAGAAAAAUUACAUAAGAAUCAUGAGACUACUGUCUCUGCUAAUAAUAAUAUUCUGAACACUCAAAACAAUUCCUUAUAUUCAUUUGCCACAGAGGAAGAGAUAGUUUAUAAAUAA